AAUUAAAAUCCAAUAUUAGUGCUCACCAGGCUCUAAUUAAAUAAAUGACGGCUGCAUGCAGCAAGGGCCUAGCCUAUAUACAUUAAUAAUAAAAGCAUGGGAAUGUAUAGAUCGAGAUCAUAGACUAUAGUUGUGUCCAAAAUGUCAGCAGAAUUAUCCCACGAAGAGUUAGUUCGAGAGCUACCUAACCUCGAGAAACUGAGCAAUGCCGCAAGGCAGAAGCUUGCCAAGAAGCGUCGAGUCAAGCAACUCAAGAAAUUCCAGGAGCUGCUCCGUAUGCAGAGACAGACGAGCGCUAGUGGUGCUGGGUCUAUGCUCAAGAGGCAGAGUCAACCCCUCAUCAAGAUGGAGAGUGGAGCUGUCUUGAAUGACAUGGUGGCCAGGAACGAUAUCAUUGGAGCUCAAAAGGCACUUCAAGCCGGGGCUGACCCCAACAUCUCUAAUGCUGAUGGAUUGUCCCUGCUCCAUAAGUGCUGCAUCGAUGAUGCACUAGAACUGGCAGAGAUCCUGAUAGAACACGGUGCGGACAUGAAUGCCCGGGAUGUGGAGGGCUGGACUCCCCUCCAUGCUGCUGCUGCCACGGGCAACAUCCAGAUGAUCAACACUCUCAUAAAGGAGGGAGCUAGCCUGGUGGCUAUCAACCACAACGACAAGAUGCCUAUUGACGAGAGUGCAGACACUGAUAUCAAGUAUGUUCUACAGCAGAAGAUGUUGGAGGCAGGUUAUACGGACGAUGUGUUGGGCUACAUCAGAGAGUCUGUUGCUAAGAAUAUGCUGGCUGACCUCAAGGACAGUAUCAAGAACGACCGGUCGCUCAACUUACAGGACAAAUACGGGGCAUCUGCUCUCCAUGUAGCAGCUGCCAACGGGUACGAGGAGGUGUUGGACUUCCUCUUUGCUCAGGAAGGUGUCGACCUGGACAUCCAAGACAACGAAGGUUGGACUCCAUUCCAUGCAGCCGUGUGCUGGGGCCAGAAAAGGGCCAUGAAGAUGCUGGCACAGAAAGGGGCUAAUAUGGACUCCAAAGACCUCCACGGGGACACUGCCUAUGCGGUUGCUGACAAUGCUGAACUGCGUGAGUACAUCUUGGAACUGAAGGGUCAGUAUGGCGAGUCUCACGAGGUGGAGUUGGAGGUGGAUGAGGAGGCUGGGCCACGCAAACAGCGAAGACUGUCUGUGAAAAGAAUAUCGCAGCAGGCCAAGGAGGAGUUGACCAAACAGUCAGUGCAAGACGAAGCUUUCAUCAGGAGAGCCUCCAUAGCUGACGCGGAAAAGGCCCGCCCCCACAUGACUUCUGACGCUGAGAGGAGCUUUGUGAAAGACUUAGCUGGAGGUGAUGGUGAUGGUGAUGAUGAUGACAACCCUGUACUACUCUCAGCCGUGUCGCUACGGGAACAAAGCAGCCUACCUCCUGUCAAAGAGGACAGCCCAACGGAAAAAUCACCACCAAAACGAUUGCUUUCCCUAUCGGAUAGUGACCACCAAGAAGACAAGAGAGAUAUACAUGUAUCGAGUGGUAGUGUUCACAACAAAGAAGUGGACACAUUUGAAAUCGAGGAAGUCUCAGAAAGGGCGAUAAGAACGACAAUUUUGAAACGAUCCAAACACCCAAUUAGAGUGAGCACGACAUAUAUCUCGAACGUGAACUCGAACCAACCUACUUCACCCACAGGUAGCAAUAACUCUGCACAAAACCAAAAGGGGUGUUGCACAAUACUGUAGUUUUAACGCACAUAGUUAUUAGACAGUUGUUUCUGUGUACUACUAAUUUUUGUGAUCUAUAGAUUAUAUUAUAGAUAAGUGCUUUGUUGAUAACUGAC